UAGUCUCCUCUACAGCCCUACUCAAAUUCAUAUUGUAUAUAUUAGUAAUAUAUCUAUAUAUAUAUAUGUAUGUAGUGCGUAUAUAUUUUCAAAGGCCCUGUCAAUCGACUCAUUUAUAGGCGUAUUAUAACUGAUGUUUCUGUGUCUUUAAUUUCUCGUGGAAUCUCUCUGUCUCUCUCACUUAUCUACACUACACUGUGUUCCAAUGUCAGUCUCAUGUGCAAUAUCCUCAACGGAACCUUCAUCAACCACUAACCCAUUGUGAAAAAAAUAAAAAAAUAAAAAAAAAUAAAAUAAAACCACUAACCCAUUACUCUACUCUAAACAACUCUUUUUCUUCAAUUAUUUCUUCUCUCUCUACCACAUUGUUCACUAGUUCCAGCAAACGGUUCUGCUCUGUACUCUACACAUAAAGCCCACAAAAAUUAUCUCUUUUGCUUAUGGCUUUUCAGCUCGUGACCCAUCCAAACAAAGCCAACACUCGUAAUAUACAUCAAUACAUGUACGAAAUGUAAUUUGUGGUUCAGACCUGGUUUUGCUGAGAUGGGUUUGAACCAAUCUUCAUGGUUGUUGAUUCUGCACUGUUGGGUGUUUGUGGUUUUGUGUCUGAGAGUUCACUGUGCUAAUUCAGAGGUCUCUGUUAAGUUCUUGGACAACCCUCCUGCAUUCUCAAGCUCAAAUGCAGCUACAUUUGCUUUUCAAGUUUUGGUGGCUGCUAAUGGGGAAACUUGCACAGAUUGUAACACCAAUUGCAAGCUGGAUGAUCACAUACCUUCAGAUUGUGAAGCUGGAGAAGUGUCUUAUACGGGAUUGCAGGAUGGAAAUCAUACAUUUGAGGUGUGCACCAAUGGUUCUCGAGGAGUUGGCUGCUCUACCUUUAACUGGACUGUUGACACGGUUCUCCCAACAGCAUAUGUUACAGCUGCAACAUCUUUUACAAAUGCUCCAAAUGUUUCUGUUAAUAUUUCUUUCAGUGAACCCUGUACCGGUGGAGGUGGUUUUAGAUGUUCGUCCAUAAAUGCGUGCAACCUUCUUGUCUAUGGUGCUGGCCAAGUUCUACCAACUACACUCAACAUUCUUCAGCCAUACCUCAAAUUUUCUCUUGUAGUGAGCCUAUCUUCAAACGAUCAAUAUGGACGAGCGAUUUUGGUGAUGGAUAAAGAUUUCUGUACAGACAAAGCUGGAAACAGAUUUACAAGAACAGAAAAUUCAAGUUUCUACAUACAUUUUGAUAGAAGAAGUGUGCUUGUCAAAAUGAGGACUCAUGUUCCUCAAAGGCUGCUUCAGCUUAACAGUGAAACUAGAACUGUGCAAGCAACCAAUAAUUACAAAAAUCUACAGGUGUAUUUGUACUUUUCGGAACCUGUUCGCAACUCAUCUUCUGAAAUUUUAAAUGCUCUCCACUCAAGUCAAGGCUUUCUUCUUCCUAUUAGUGGAAAUAGCCUUAGAAAUCGCAGAUUUGGCUUUCUGAUUGAAAACACAUCAAGCAUGGCCAUACUUACAGUCAGCCUUGAUUCGAACUUGAUAAUAAGCAGACAAGGAACUUCAGUUUCUCCCGUUGUGCCAGUUACUUUCCUUUAUGAUUCACAGAGGCCUACUGUGAGGUUAAGUACAACAUCUAACAUGAGAACAAGAGAAAACACUGUCCCAGUAUUGAUCAAGUUCACCAAGCCUGUAUUUGGCUUCAAUUCUUCUCACAUAUUUGUCACUGGAGGACACUUGCGGAGCUUUCAUGAAGUGAGUCGGAACAUAUAUGCUUUAGAGACACAAGUACACAACCAUAUAAUAUCUAUCAGCGUUCCUGAAAAUAUCACUCGAGAUGUUGCUGGAAACAGAAAUCUAGCGUCUGAUGUUCUACAAGUGAGGCACUAUUCCGUGCCCGUAAUAUCUUUCGUGCUUUCCACCUUCGCAACUGCUGCUUUUGUAGUGUCAUCUUUAGCUGCAGGGCUGCUCACUGUUUCAACUGCAAGCCUUCAGUCCGUGGGGGCAUUUUCUAGACCUAUUUUAACAUCCGAUCCUGCAAGGAAUCUAUUUAGAAUUGCAUGCCACAUUCAGGUUUUUGCACUGUCAAGAUGGUUGCCAAUUACAUUGCCAGUUGAGUAUUUUGAAUUCGUGAGAGGUUUACAAUGGAGUAUACCCUACUUCAGUCUCCCAUGGGAAACAGAGCACAUUCAGUCAGUCAUGGUCGGCUCAAGUUCCCCGUCCAAUUCACAUUCAUACGGUUCCAAAGUUUAUGAUUCAGGAACUAUUAAGAGCGUCCAACCAGAAGUAAAGAAUUUGGAUAUGGCAACUCCGGUCUAUGGAUUGCCGCUUACUCCAACGGAAUACAGAUCAUUUUUUGAGAACCAAAAUAUCAAACCGGAAGCUGAGUAUAUUUUGGAUCCACGAAAUUUAAAUGGGUGGAAGGACUUCGAUAGAAGCAUGUUUUGGUUAGCUGUUAUUGGUGGCUGCUUGAUACUGUUGCAUGCUUCAAUCCUUUGCACUUUCAAAUUCAGGAAGAAAAACCCAGAAAAACAGAGUAGUUGUGGAGCACUCAUAUUGCCACGAUUUGAGAUAUUUCUUGUGAUUCUUGCACUGCCUUGCAUUUGUGAAGCUUCGGCAUCUCUAGUUAGAGGAGGAGCAUCCUCAGGGAUUAUAGUUGGCAUUCUGCUAUUAUGUGUUGCAUCUGUCGUGCUGCUAGCCUUAUUUUUGUUCCUCUCCAUUGGAAUUACAUUUGGAAAGCUGCUGCAAUACAAGGAAGUACAUCAAGAGGGCCAGAAAUUUCACUGGUAUCAAGAUAUUGUUCGGAUAACUCUAGGUCCUGGUAAAAGAGGCCAGUGGACGUGGAAGAAUCCACCCCAUUCUGUUUGUCUAACCAUGCUAGGCCCUCUAUUUGAAGAUCUAAGGGGUCCCCCUAAAUACAUGCUCUCUCAGAUUGUUGGUGGGAAUUCCCGGAAGCAUGGUGAUACUAUAAUCGCCUCUGAUGAUGAAACUGAAGAUGCAGAAGCACCUUUUAUUCAAAAAUUGUUUGGAAUUCUUAGGAUAUAUUACACACUGCUUGAAUCUGUGAAACGGGUUUGUCUUGGAAUUAUGGCCGGUGCCUAUUCAGAGACCUGGUCUUCUAAAGCCCCGACGAUUACCUUACUAUGCAUAACCUCAUUUCAGCUGUUCUUCCUAGUUCUUAAGAAGCCUUUUAUUAAGAAAAAGGUUCAGUUGGUUGAGAUCAUCUCAGUUUCUAGUGAGGUGGGUAUAUUUGCUACUUGUUUGGUUCUCUUAAAGAAAGAAUUUUCAUCAGGGGACGAAACAAAAAUUGGUAUCUGCAUGAUUGCACUGUUCAUUGUCGCAUUUUUAGCUCAAAUGAUCAAUGAAUGGUUUGCAUUGUAUAGACAGAUAAAGCAGCUGGACCCGGCUGAGAACUCUUUCUUGUUUGGUUUGAAAACGGCUUCGAUUGGAUUUCUCCUAUUUUUCAUUCCACAGAAGUUGAUAAAAAACCUGGACAGCAUGUUUCCACAGAAGCAACGUGGGGAUCACGAAACGGAGAUCACUUGUUCUGAUGACAGGCACAGGAGCCCUGGGAGUAGGAGCUCGGGUACCACUGAUAAACCAUGGCUAAAACAGCUAAGAGAACUGGCAAAGGCAAGCUUUAGUAGAGAAGGAAGUGGAGUUGCAACUGAUCCUUCGACUAGUCGCCCAUGGAGCUCAUUCUGGAGUGGCAAGAGAAGUGGGAGCUCAUCUCAAACUUCAUCAGCAGAUUUCAAGUCGAAACCAAGAGCCUUGGACAAAGAUUUAGAAGCCAUUUUUGCAUCCAAGUAAGAUCUUUUGAAUACUUCUUAAAUAUUUGAAUGGUCUUUCAGACUGGGUGAGAGGCUAGCUGGUUAUAGUUCAUCUUACAUGUAUAAAAUUGUUGUGAUGCAAAUAGUCCUGUAGCCCAGUUUCAGAGGACUCGGAGGCAGAGCCUGUAAUGGUUUCUAUUUAUUGAAUGUAAAGCUUGGACUUGAUUAGGUUCCAUCUUUAUUCCAUCUGAAAAUUCUCUCUCUGUCUCUGUGCACGCGCACGCUUGCAUGCGUGUGCUUGCUUGUGACAGAGGAGAACAACCAUUGAGGUCUCCAGCAUAAACAAAAGUCAGCCUUACUAUUCAGGAUAUAAAUAUAUUUUUUUUUCUUAUUGUAAUGUGACUAUACUUUAUCCUUAUUGUAAUGUAACUAUAGUUGUAUAAAUCAUCUCCUUUGAGAAUUUGUGUUU